UUUUCAGGGGAUUUUAACAUUUUAGCUAAAUUCUACGACGUUAUCCUCCAAAACUACGAUUAUAUAAACAGCAUUUUUGAAAUAAAAAAAUCCUGCAUUUCCUUUUAUAUUAACCAUGCGGUUCAUGACUGUGAAGAUUCUAAACUAAUCUUACUUAUAAAACAUACUUAAAUUAUACUACAAACUAAAACUAUACAAUUUAAUAUUUGGGAAAGUACAUGGGCUGCAUCUACAAAAUAAAUAUAAAGAAGAACAUAAGAGAAUGAUCGAUUUAAGAUCCGAGUUUCAUUUUACAAUAAUCUGAAAGAAGUCUAUUCAUAAUUUUUAUACAAGCUGUAUAAGUUUCCUAUCUUUUUAUGUUUUUUUUGUUUCAUAAACAUAGCAUUUUUGUGUGUUUUAAUGUAACUUUACUACUUCUGUAUCUAUAUAUAUAAAUUUAUUAAAUGUAUAUUAUAUAUUAAAGUAUGAUUAUUUUUAUUAUUAAAAUAUGUGAAAACUCAAAACUACCUUCUUCGUGAAACAUUGAGAAACAUAUGCACUAUAAGAAUUCACUUGUGAAUACUCAAGACUUGUCUUGGAACAUGUCCAUCUCUAUAUUGACUUGUGCAUUUACUAUCUAAAUCAGAAGAAUAAUAGUUAAUAGAAAAAUCUAUGAUUUCGUUAUAUAUGUGUUUAAUGACUAUAUUGUUUCUAAAUGAUGUUUUUCUCUUUUAAAGAAGUCACCACCUAAAAAAGCCAAUAUAGUUAGCCCGUUUAAAUUGUUAAUUUCAACACAAUUCUACUCACAAGCUUAUUAUAAAAACUAAUUAUCAUGUUAUCUCUCCUAAAAAAAAUAAUUGUUUUGGUUUAAUAAAAAGUGGUUUAGCGUCUAACCAUAUAGAAACAAAAAUACCAUGAGAUAGCUAUUUGUCUUAGACGGGAGAUUAUUUGAAAACAAUAGUAUUGAAGCAUAACAAAAACGGUAAGACUAUAAACUCGUCUGAUCAGUUUUGUCAUGACUUAAAAACCCAACUAGUUAUUUGUUUUUAAUGUUGUUUGUCUCAUCGGUUUCAGCUUUGUUUUACUUUUGAAAACAGGUAAUUGAAUUUAGUAUAAAAGUCCAAAGAUGUUUCUUAACCUUCUUUCCAUUCAAUAUAAAUAGUCAAAGGAUUGUACUAUCUGCUCAUCAAUCAAAACACAGACUCGAUAAAGACUCAUAUAUUUGGAGAAAUCUUUCUACUUCUUUUUUUCUCGUCUCAUAAUGUCUAUUAAAUAUUUUUUUUUCUUUAUGGUGUUUUUCUGUGUUGUAGUUUCUGCCAGUGCUCAACUACCCCAGUUUCCCAUCCCAUUUCCUUUUCCACUCCCAUUCCAACCAAGUCCCGGUAUUCCCGGAUUACCUGAUGUAGCAAAAUGUUGGUCUUCAGUGAUGGAUAUUCCAGGAUGCAUUAUAGAGAUUUACACAUCCAUACUCACAGGACAAUUCGGACAUGUAGGUCCUUCUUGUUGCAAAGCAUUUUUGGAAGCCGAAGCCAAUUGCUUACCGAAACUUCCAUUCAACUUACUUUUUCCACUCAAAGAACAAUGUUCAAGAAUUGCUAAAGCAGCUCCUCCUACCACAAAAUAGAGUUUUACAUUAAUAGAAGUAAUAGCUAUGUCGUUUUUAUUUUUCAAGGGAUUUUAACAUUUUAGCUAAAUUCUACGACGUUAUCCUCCAAAAAUAUGAUUAUAUAAACAGCAUUUUAGAAAUAAAAAAAUCCUGCAUUUCCUUUUAUAUUAUCCAUGCGGUUCAUGACUGUGAAGAUUCUAAACUAAUCUUACUUAUAAAACAUACUUAAAUUAUACUACAAACUAAAACUAUACAAUUUAAUAUUUGGGAAAGUACAUGGGCUGCAUCUACAAAAUAAAUAUAAAAAAGAACAUAAGAGAAUGAUCGAUUUAAGAUCCGAGUUUCAUUUUACAAUAAUCUGAAAGAAGUCUAUUCAUAAUUUUUAUACAAGCUGUAUAAGUUUCCUAUCUUUUUAUGUUUUUUUUUGUUUAAUAAACAUAGCCUUUUUGUGUGUUUUAAUGUAACUUUACUACUUCUGUAUCUACAUAUAUAAAUUUAUUAAAUGUAUAUUAUAUAUUAAAGUAUGAUUAUUUUUAUUAUUAAAAUAUGUGAAAACUCAAAACUAUCUUCUUCGUGAAACAUUGAGAAACAUAUGCAUUAUAAGAAUUCACUUGUGAAUACUCAAGACUUGUCUUGGAACAUGUCCAUCUCUAUAUUGACUUGUGUAUUUACUAUCUAAAUCAGAAGAAGCAUAGUUAAUAGAAAAAAUCUUUGAUUUUGUUAUAUAUGUGUUUAAUGACUAUAUUGUUUCUAAAUGAUGUUUUUCUCUUUUAAAGAAGUCACCACCUAAAAAAGCCAAUAUAGUUAGCCCGUUUAAAUUGUUAAUUUCAACACAACUCUACUCACAAGCUUAUUAUAAAAACUAAUUAUCAUAUUAUCUCUCCUAAAAAAUAAUUUCUAUGGCUUAAUAAAAAGUUGUUUAGCGUUUAACCAUAUAGUAAACCAAAAUACCAUUAAGACUCAAGAAAUUGGAAGAUUGCAUGCCCAUGGUUUCAAGAGGGAGAGAGAGAGAGAGAGAGAGAGACUGUGUGUGUGUGUGUGUGUGAGAGAGAGAGAGAGAGAGAGAGAGAGUUUUACAUUAAUAGAAGUAAUAGCUAUGUCGUUUUUAUUUUUCAGGGGAUUUUAACAUUUUAGCUAAAUUCUACGACGUUAUCCUCCAAAACUACGAUUAUAUAAACAGCAUUUUAGAAAUAAAAAAAAUCCUGCAUUUCCUUUUAUAUUAACCAUGCGGUUCAUGACUGUGAAGAUUCUAAACUAAUCUUACUUAUAAAACAUACUUAAAUUAUACUACAAACUAAAACUAUACAAUUUAAUAUUUGGGAAUGUACAUGGGCUGCAUCUACAAAAUAAA